AUGAUCAAGCAGUACUUUGCCGAGGUUCGCCUUUUGACCAAAGAUGUAUACAUCUGGUGGUUUCGCCAUAAUCUCUGGGUCAUCAUACCUGAGGACAGCAGAAUGGGAUAUGCCAUGACAGUCCAUACCGAUCUCGUCCGGGAGUGCGCCAAAAUGUCACGGGUUUCCUGUCAGAUCCUGAAUGGCUGGGACCGAGAUCGAGAAAGCUGGUGGACCGGGCACACCAUUGACUACAUGGCAGCUCGCAAGUUUCGCACCAGAAAAGGUUUGCUCUCCUCUUCGCCCAAUGGACAGCAAACAACCCCAAACACCAACAACACCAUGGCCGAAGUCAACCCCAACCAGCCCACCACCGAGAUCCUGUUCAAGGACAUUGUCGUGAGAAGACUUGCGACCGACCCACAGACCCUCCAGGACUUCUUCUUCGACCGCUGUAUCACCACCAAGGGCCAGGAGAAGCUCCACGCCGAAGAGAUCAUGGGUGCUGUCGCCGGUCCCGUUGACGACGAUUGA